CAGUUGCAAAUCUUUUCUCACAAUAAAAACAUUACAAUUUUUUACUUUUCGAUAAAAUAAUUUUUCAACAAUUCGAUAACUAAUUAACUUUUUCUACACAAAAUCGAAUCACAAUUUAAUCAACUCUUUUUCCAUUGGUGUUUGGAUUUAACUCUUUAACUCUCAUUCUUCAUCUCCCUAAGUGUUUAGUGUUAAUGUGAUCAUUGGAAAUUACAAUUUCUUCAACUUAUUGACCAACAAUCAACUCUAAUUAACAAUUAAUUGUUUUAAAAUCUAAUUGUCUCAUUGAAUCUUCAUCUCUUGUGUAUUCAAGGAUUUUCAAUUCGGAGGCAAACCAAACAUUCAGUGGCAAAUUUGAACAUCUCUUCAUCUCUUUACCUCAAUUUCCAUGUUUAAGUUAAUUCGAUGUAAACAACAACAAUAAGAAACACCAAAUAAACACCAAUGAUGCCUUACAGUUUGAUUGAUCCAACUUAUUCACCUUCGUUCAAAUUGGCUGAAUCAAUAGACUCAGAUGAACCCAUGGAAUUAUCCUCAUCAUUAUCCUCAUCUUCAGAAUCAUCAAUCAAUUCAAAUUCUUUAUCAUCACCAUCAACAAAUCAUCUUAUUGAUGGAAAUUCAAUUUUAAGCUCAACAGUUUCUCACUUAUUUUCAACAAUAUUACCCAAAACUACACCAUCUUCAUCAUCACCAACAACUGAAUCAUCAUCUCCAUCAACAACAUCAAUCCUAUUGUCCACCUUAACAACACCUUCAUUGUCCACAAUAUCACCUACUGACCAUCAUCACCAUCACCAUUAUCACAACUAUAACCCUGUGACCCCACCCUUAAUCUCUAACCUUCCCACCAAUGGAAUACUCGAUUUUGGUGAUAAAUUUCUUCGGGAAGAGCAACGAUGUGUCGCUUUAGUCCCAGAAACAUAUGAUCCCGUUAUCAGUGGAAUCUGUGGUUUAGCGGUGACUUUUGGAUUGAUUUACAUUCUCUCGGGUUACCGAUUGUUCCGGUCAGUACUAUUUCUCACCGGUUUCCUAAUUGUCUCAUCUCUCACCUAUGGGUUCAUCGUGUCAACCUCAACACCAAUUCCACUCUAUGGUACACUGAUCGUCUCUCUAUCGGCCGGUUUUCUUGCCGGUUUGGUUACCCUUCUGGUAACUUGGCUUGGACUUAUGGUGCUUGGUUUUCAUCUUGGAACUUUUAUCGGAAUUCUGAUAAUCACAUGGAUUCAUCUUUUAUCACCUCAUGUUGAUACUCUCUCACCACCCCAAUCAAUUUGGAUCACAUUCUCAGUGAUUGCAGGAUGGGGAAUCAUCGGAGCUUUUUCAACUCUCUACUUUCAAAAAGGGUGCACUAUUCUGGCUACAUGUAUGUUUGGAUCAACUCUUGUGAUCGGUGGAUUAGAUUAUUUUGUUGAAAAUUUUAAUCUUUUCCUGUGGUUUUGGGAUAAUUUAAAGUCCAAUGGAAAUGCAAUGUUAAUGUCCACUGCUUAUGGAAUCGAUUCCAAUUCAUUACCAAAUAAUAAUACUACCGAUUCAGGAUUAUUCAUGUGUCUUAUAUCAUGGAUCCUUUUAAUGUUAUGGAUCAUCCUGGUUUGUUUAGGUCUAUUUUGCCAAUGGUGUGCCACCGGACGUGGUUAUUAUCAUUCCCCUUCCGGUACCUUUACAAGUUCAUCAUCUAGUCGUAGAAAUGGAAACUUAGACUUGGUUCGUAUUCGAGCAGAAGAAUCUAAAACUGAACAGAAACAACGUAAAUACCGUUACCUUUAUCAAGUACGAACUGCCCAUGGAGAUGUCAUCUCACAGCAUUAUAUUCAAAAUUUUCAGAAAAAAUUAUCACCACAAUUAGAUCAUCAUAAUGAUUCCCUACGAACUUACAAUUCAGAUCUAAGCCAUUUGACCAGUUACAAUCAAUCCGAAAGCCGGACAACAACAAUGAGUCAUCUUCCCUGAAACGGGUCCAUCAUGAUGACCAUUGUCCACUAAUUACACCAAAAAAAACCACCACAAUGAUAAACUAAUUUACUGACCAAUGGAAAGAUAGAUUAAAGCAACAAUUAAGAUCAAGGAUAUAAAGCAAUGUGAUAAUAAUUGUAAAUAUCGAUCCUUGAUUCCUGUUGAUUGUUUCCAAAAGUGAUCAACAAGUUAAUUGUCCUUCUAACUAAUUAAAUCCAGUAAAUUUAACACGAUUGACUGUCCAACAAUCAACUGUGUGUAUCAAUCCCGAUAUGAAUAAAAAAAAACAACCAGAAAACCAAAACUUUAUUGACAACGAAGAUGUAAUUAACUUAAUUGUAAUGGUAUCAUCAUCAACUAUACUCAAGUGGAUUGACAAAACGAAACAAAAGUAAAUUGAUGAUUAGUUAAUCAACAAUUAAAUCAAAUAAUCGACAACAAGAAGGAUUAUAAUUAUAUUGAGAGUCUUUGAAACAUUAUAUCAAGCUAAUUGUGAUACCUGUACCUAGUUAAUUGUAAAUAAUUUGAACACACAUACAGACAGUAAACAUUAAUCAACUUUUGGUAAACUGGAUUUAAUCAUGAAAAGCUGAUUGUUGAUUAACCAUGAUGGUCAAUAGGAUAUCAAAGUGAUUUGAUUGUAUCAUUUUGAACAAUUUAUUUUAAUUGUUUUCAUCAUCAACUAUAUUAAGAAAACAAAAUUAACCAUGAAGGUUAUUGAUUCAUCUUCAUUGUAUUACAAUUUAGGAUUAUCAUGUUUUGUAUUAUUAUUAUGGUUUUACAAUCAAUUGAUUAUAAUACUUUGCAUCCUCAUCUUUGAUUGCUGUUAAUCAACUGGUAUUUUUUAUUCAUUAUCAACUUAAUCAUCUUCAUCAUCAACAACAACAAUUGUCUCACAUCAUCAACUUUUUUUUUUGCUGAACUUGUUCAUCCUCAUCAUCAACAAAUCAACAACAAUUACUAUUAAUACAAUCAAUUGAUUUUCAACAAAUGAUAAAUUGUAAAUUGUUUCUUCCUCUUCCUAAAUCAACCCUUAAUUGUAACUAAAUCAGUGAAAAAAAAGAUAUCCUAACUAAAUCAGAAAGAGACUACAUUGUCAGUGCCAUUAGUCUUAAUUAUUGUAAUUAAAAAUCUUGAUUUUAGCAAUUAAAAUAAACUACCACAUUUUAAAUACACUUAAA